UUUCAGGACUAUUUUUUCGCGUAAUGAGAAUUUUAGUAACUGGAGCUGCCGGUUUUAUUGGAAGCCAUGUUGUGUUGGAAUUGCUGAACGCUGGAUAUGAUGUCAUCUGUAUCGAUAAUUUCUCGAAUUCUGUACAAGAUAACGAGGGGAAUGCGGUCAGUUUGAAGCGUGUCUCAGAAAUUAUAAAUAAAGAGGUGCCAUUUGUUUUUGCUGACUGUAGCAACGAGAAACAACUGGAGGCUGUUUUUGAAAAGUAUUCGAUUAGUGGUGUAGUUCACCUAGCUGGUUGGAAAGCAGUUGGUGAAUCGGUAAAAAAACCUCUUGAUUAUUAUAGUAAUAAUCUCAUUGCUACAUUGAUUUUACUCAAGCUGUGCGGAAAAUACAAUGUCAAAAGCUUUGUUUUCUCAAGCAGUGCAACUGUUUAUGGACCACCAAAAAGUUUACCGAUUAAAGAAACUGAUCCAGUGGGAUGUGGGAUUACCAAUCCUUAUGGUCAUACCAAAUAUAUGAUUGAACGAAUUUUGAUGGAUUUAGCUAACGCCGAUAAAAGCUGGAAUAUAAUCAUUCUAAGAUAUUUUAAUCCCGUGGGUGCUCAUCCUAGUGGUCUCAUUGGUGAAGAUCCGAAAGGAAUCCCAAACAACCUGAUGCCCUACAUGAGCCAAGUGGCCAUUGGAAAAUUACCAGUCUUAUACAUAUUUGGAACCGAAUUUGAUACUGUUGAUGGGACCGGUGUACGAGAUUACAUUCACGUUAUGGACUUAGCUCGAGGGCAUGUAGCAGCAUUUGAUCAUCUAAAUAAAGAGCAAAAAUCUGGUUGUGAAGUUUAUAAUCUUGGAACUGGAAAAGGAUGCUCAGUUUUAGAGAUGGUUGCCGCUUUCGAGAAAGCUAGUGGACAACAAAUAAAAACGGAAAAUGGUCAUCCUAGACCAGGUGAUGUAGCCUGCAUUUAUUGCGAUCCAUUGUUGGCUGCCAAGAGGCUUGGCUGGAAAUGUCAAUAUGACCUUGAAGAGAUGUGUUCUGAUUUGUGGAAUUGGCAGAUAAAGAAUCCAAAUGGUUAUCUAUCACAGUGAGUAUUAGUGAAUUGAUCGAAGUUUUCACGCAUUAAAGAAAUUCAUUUUUCGUUCAUCGCUUAACCUGAAUUUUCUAAUUCUUGUGGUGAAGAGGCAAAACCGGUCAACUUCAGUUCCGAUAUCAAUUUUUCAUUGUAUUUUGUUUCUGGCGUCAACUUAUUAUUAUACCUUUGUUCAGUUACAUUUGUGCUUUCCAAUACUGAAAUAUUAUAUUCGAAAGCACGAGUUUGGGAUAUCGUUUUCAUGCUUUUAAAUGAAAUUCAAACAUUACGCUUUUGUACAUUCCUUUUUCCAUUUUCAUUGUUACAUCUAGAACUGUUUGAAUUUCUAGAUCUAAUUUUACUUCAACGUUAACAUUCCUUUUUUUGUGCAUUCCUUUUUCUAGAUCUAAUUUUACUUCGACGUAAUAAAAUUUCUUUCCCAAUGUUUCGCUUUGUUUCUAGAUGGGCUUGGUGAGAUCUUUCUUAGUCCUAUGUCCAUUUUACUGUUCUAUUCAUUUUUUAUUGAGGAAAUCAG